AUGUCUUCGCAUGGCCGUACUCAGUUGUACAACCUUGACGUACACACUGCUCUCUUGAAGCAGGUGUCUCUGCCUCGCCUCGAUGACACGCCACCCUACACCCCGCGCUCCAAGUCGCUCGACCUGCUCCGCUCCGAUUCGAAUACACCCGUCGCAUCUCGCACCUCCCUAGACACUAUCUCGACGCUCAAAGGUCAACGUAUUUCGAGCCCGAUCUUCUUGAACAGCAGCCUCGGCUUGAAACCGUUUCAUGAAGCUCCACAGCUUCUUGGUCAGUUGCAAGAUGAUCGACACGAACUCGAUUGCCGACAGGACGAGACUAGCGUCUCUUUCUCUGCCCUGAGAAGCUGUGCCACCCCCGGAAAUGCAAGCACAAGAGCUUCGACCAUGCCGCGCUACAUGACUGGAACAAGAGCGCUGCAAAGCGACCUACUUCUAAGAACGCCAAGUCAUCGCAAGCAAACAUCGACCGACCAGUUGCUCAAGAGCAAAUUCAGCAUGUCGCCCGUCCAGCCAUCGAAGCGGUCCAAAGCUCGCAAUUCCGAGGACCGACAUGCUUUUACCAUCACUGUUCAACGUUUGACCGAAGGAGUUGCGAAUCAGGAUAAUACAAGGUCUGCAUUGGGCACUUGGUCGCACUCGCUCGGUAUGGCCGCCAGAAAACUGCAAAGAAGUGCGUUGCCGAGAAAAGCAUCCGAUGAGAGCUACAAUGACAAUGUCCCGCUAGACGUCCCACAAGAGGCCGAAGCUGCGGUAGUUACACCAGAGAAGGGCAAAAGCUCUUUGAAAAGCUCGACUAGUCUCGCAUCUAUCCGACGAUUCAUCACGCCCUCAAGGCGAACACGGAAGGUGUCGAGCACACGUGGUCUUGCCGCAUCCAGGCGGGCUAUGCCGAUAGUUGACAAGGUCGUUUUUGCGUCUCUUCCUACUUCAUCCAAUUCCAGCGAGGAAAUAGCCUGGAUCGGGGCGGAAGGCCGUGCCAGCUGUGAUGGCCUGACCGAACCAAGGGAAGUGGACAUGGAUGUGGCAGGUUCGUGCAACCGAACUCAUCUCAUGGUUCCAGUAGCCGUAGCCACGAAUCGCGCUUCAAAAAGGCAUCAAAAUCAAGCGGAGAGCAUCACUGCACGGCGAUGUGCCCCGCUUUCGCCAGAGUUCUACGAGCCUCCCAAACAGCAAUCAGUGCCAGACCAAAACGGCACCAAAGGAACUGCUGAUGGGACCAACGAUCGACAUCCUCCACCUCCGAUGCCGCUCAGCAAUUCCGACUCCAGUCACCAGCAACGCGUGAGCGAGCAAGCUUUAGCUCCUGAGCACGAAGCUGAACCAUGCUCAGGUGCGUCCAAGCUCAAGACGCUCCAGCUACUGGCGCGGCGUCCUUUCAGCGCCUUUGGCAAAAAAGUUCGAGGGAUGGAAAGAUCCUGGUGGCCUACACGCAACUCACAAGAAGCUUCGAGUCGGUCAGGCUCCAUCGCACAUCUCGAUCAGGGGGAGCUCAUCGGUAAGACGCAGCCAGCAAGACGCAGUGAAGACCUUUUGUCCCGCGCAUCUCCACGCGUCUUUGACUCGACGACGACAGCACAGAAAAGCCGAAGUGUCGAACUCGAUCGGAUCCAGUUACCAUCCAAAGUCGUGCCGAUCCUUUCUACCGUCAAAGUGAACUACAAGCGUCGGCCGACAAUUCCGGAUGUCUUUGCCAAAGCAAAUCAAGAUUCGGUGCAGAGUGACGUUGUUUCGUCUGAUACACACACGCUAGACGGCCGUCCACGCAUCUCGAACCUUCGCCACCCGUGGAUGAAGCAGCUCCAGCUGCCUUCCGGUACCCGUUCAGGGUCCAUCGGCGAAGUAGUGUUCGCGGACCUCAGUGUCAAGCAGAUGUGGCCAAAGAUGGACACCCAUGAGGCUCUGUCUCCGCGGAAUAUCGUGCCGUCGAUGUCGUUGGCGGCGGCAAGUGUAGCGUUGAGUCAGCCUCUGCCGAUCGUGCCCCAAAAACAGCAGUCUCCUCGUCGGCCUCCAGCCUCAUUGCUCGGACAAUCACUUCCUAUUCCUCCUCGAAGUGGCCGCAGUCGAGCUAGCACGAUCAGCUCGCAAAGCUCCACGACAUCUUCCCCUUCCGGCAAGGUGAUCGUCUCACGACGGUCGUACGGACAGCGCCUUCGUUCUAUCAGUACAAGAGAGGACGCUGGCAGCAUCCGGUCAGUAGGCACCUCGAUCCUCUUCACCGAGUCGCCGCCAAAUUCGCCGGGAAUGCGAAAACUCAUGUCGCCGCAUCAUGUUUCGAGGACUCCAACCACCACGAGGAUACGAAGUCCACCAAUGACGGUGCUUCUGCCCAGGUACUCUCCGCAUCGAUCCACGAAGGUGCCUAGGCUACAGAAAAAGCCGUCUACAGCCUUUACAGACGACUCUGAAACAGGCGAAGAGCAGGAAUGGAUGGACGAAGUACCGAUCGCCGGUUACGCCACGGUUGGAGAAGAGCUGGUCGCAUUCCGAUCACGGUUCUCAGAUGCUUUUCCGCCAAAACGUCCUGGAUUCCUAGAGAUGAGCGAAGCGACGCAGACCUUGUCGAACCUUGUCAAGACAUUUUCCGGCUCUUCGGGCUCGCUUAGCCUGCAUUCCUCGCCUUACAAAAAAAGCGAGACACCGGAUCACCAGCGGAACGGUACUGCGUGUGGGCUCUAUGGGAUCAUGGAAGCCGACGAAUCGGGCAGCACGCGUGCGUCUUCGUCGAAUCAUCUCACGUCUUCGGCCCGUCGGCGACUGAUCAGCAUCGCCAGCAUGGUGUCUACCGAGGCAAAUUCGAGCUUCGAAGACUCGGAAGAGCUGCAGAGGCUUUUGGAUAGUAUCAUGGCUGCCGACUUGGGCGGGGCGAGUCAUGAUGUGUCCGGGUCAAAGGACAUGGCGUUGCUUUCACCUUUUGGCUCGCCAGCCGAGUACAGCAACUCGCAAUCGUGCGACAAGCGCUGUUCGUCACAAGCCGGCGAGAAGCCCAUUCAUACUGCCAGGCAGGUGGAUGAGCGCCCUCCGCCGCCGAAGUUCUUGCUAAAUGACCGACCCAUCUCGCCGCCCGACAGCAGCUGCACAAGCGAUGCCACUCACAGUCACUGUGCAGUCGCCACGACCGCGGUCAGAAUGGAUGCGAUCGGCUGGACCAAACGCCCUGAUGCGAGCACGACCAUCGCUGCGACCUUGCACGACGAUUCCGGCUACGCGUCGGUGAACGCUUAUGAGGGUGGUUAUAUGCAAUCGUAA